GUUUUGUGCGCGACUUUCGCAGUUACAUUAUUUAUUUCUUUCCUUAUAAAUAUUUAUUGGAUCGUAUAAGUUAUGUGUUCGCUACAACUAGGUCUUCUGCUGGCUCUGCUUCAGAUCUCUCUUAACUGGGGACAAAACCUACCGUACAUUGCCUGCCCAGAGCUGUUUGAGUACUUGGCCUAUAACCAGGAGCAUAUCGGGCACAUAAGCCUGAAAUUGGAUUCCUCCAUUGUCGAAAAUACACUCCGUAUAGAGCUUUCCCAGCCAGGUCGACAUACCUCUAGCUACCCCGGGGACCUUAAUCUUCUGGAGAAUGAGGAAUCGGUUAGGUAUCGUCUGCAACACAAUGAACCCAUCAACUAUCGCGUAGACUUCCCCACGCCAGGUGUUGUUCCAAAACUAACCAUGAUCUCCCUCAACGGCCAGGUGUUUUGCCGUUCAAUGUCAUAUGGUCCUCCUAGUACGAAACUUUCGCUAUCACACACCCUGCGUUCCACAGCGCCUUUGCUGAAUAUCCUGCCACAAGAACCAGAACAAAGGCCUCGGCGGCCACAAUUUUCACAACAGCCGCAACAGCCACAGCAGCCGCAAUACCCGCAAUACCCUCAACAGGCUCAACAGCCGGAGGAACCAGUGAGAAUACGACCCCAACCUCAGCCUCAGCCUCAACCCCAACAGCACCAAGAACCAUUCCGACCACGUCCAGGACCAACGCCAGCACCACAAUUUAUCCCAGAACCGACUGCAACCACCACACAGCGACCCACAGCACCAUCAGCAUCUCGACAACGACCAUCAGGAAACAGGCCCCAGACCCUGGGACAGUUGAACGGAGUCUGUGGCAGGGAAAAGCCCGUCAGUACGCCGCUCAUCCACUUCGGGCAGGUGGUGGAGCGGGGACAGCUGCCCUGGAUGGUGGCCCUGUUCGAGCGGGUGGGCAACGAAUACAACUUUUUAUGCGGUGGCACCCUUAUCUCAGCUCUUACCGUGCUCUCGGCGGCCCAUUGCUUCCGCUUCGGCACCCGCAAUCUGCCCGCCUCUCGCACGGCCGUGUCGCUGGGACGCACCACCCUGGACCUGCUGACGCCAGGAGUGGGAGCCCGGCGAGCAGUAGCCGAGCUUGUCAUCCACGAGCAGUACAACCCCAGUAUCUAUACGGACGCGGAUCUGGCGGCGCUCAGGCUUUCAGAGCCAGUGGAUAUCGGCGACUAUAUCCGACCCAUCUGCCUGUGGAAUGAUAACUAUUUGCUCGACCUUCCAUCGGGCCACAAGUCGUAUGUGGCCGGCUGGGGAGAGGAUGAGCGGGGCAACAGGAAUUCUCGGAUCGCGAAGAUGACGGACACGGACAUCAUCACGCAGCCGGAGUGCCGGGGGAAUCUCACAUCCGAGAAUGUGCGCUUCGUCACCUCACGCACCAUUUGUGCCAGUAAUCGGGAGGGAGCCGGUCCCUGCAAUGGGGACUCUGGAGGUGGGCUGAUGCUCCAGGAGUCGGACAUAUGGCUGCUGCGCGGAGUCGUCUCCGCCGGACAGCGGCUCAGCAAUCGUUGCGACCUCUCGCAGCCCGUGAUCUACACGGAUCUGGCCAGGCACAUCGAAUGGCUGCAUACGGUGAUGUGGUUCUGAGGGGUUUCCCCAGAAGAUUAGUGAAUAGCUUAUAUGAAUCCAGUGCCAAAAUAAACGCUAGCCUAGUUUUUUACAUUAAAAUUGAAA